CAUUGUUCAAUUCGAUAAGUUGACAACAACCCUAGUCAGCUGUUACUGUUGGUUCCCGAUUAAAAUUUCGCAAAAGUAAAAUUGAAAAUUUAAACGCUUAUACAUUUAAGGUCUCUUUUAUUUUCAUUAAUAAAUAAAAUAGUCUAACGUAGGAUCAACAUGUCGAUGCUGGCUAGAACCCUAGGACGCAGCCUUUUGCAGCAGGCAGCCGCAGUGCGUCAACUUCAUCUCUCAGCAGCACUCAACGCUGAGGGCGCCUAUAAUGCUAAUAGAACCACCUGCACUCUGAUACCUGGCGAUGGUGUCGGCCCCGAGCUGGUCUAUUCGCUUCAGGAGGUUUUCAAGGCAGCGAAUGUGCCCGUUGACUUUGAAGCAUACUUUUUGUCGGAAAUCAAUCAAGUGUUGAGCGCCAAGCUGGAGGAUGUCGUGGCUUCCAUCCAAAAGAACAAAGUUUGCAUUAAGGGUAUUUUGGCCACACCUGAUUAUAGUAAUGAGGGUGAACUGCAAACGCUUAACAUGAAACUCCGCAAUGAGCUGGAUUUGUAUGCGAACGUAGUGCAUGUGCGCAGUUUGCCUGGUGUUAAGACACGCCACACCAACAUUGAUACGGUCAUCAUUCGUGAACAAACCGAAGGUGAAUACUCUGCUCUGGAGCAUGAGUCGGUGCCUGGUAUUGUCGAGUGCCUGAAGAUCGUCACUGCCAAGAAGUCGAUGCGUAUUGCCAAGUUCGCCUUCGAUUAUGCCACCAAAAAUAACCGCAAGAAGGUCACAGCGGUGCACAAGGCUAAUAUCAUGAAACUGGGCGAUGGCCUGUUUCUGAGGUCGUGCGAGGAAAUUUCCAAGCUGUAUCCCCGCAUUGAGUUCGAUAAGAUGAUUGUGGACAACACGACCAUGCAAAUGGUAUCCAAUCCAAAUCAAUUUGAUGUGAUGGUCACACCCAAUCUGUAUGGUGCUAUUGUCGAUAAUCUGGCCUCUGGCUUGGUCGGCGGCGCUGGCGUCGUUGCAGGUGCUUCUUACUCGGCAGAUGCGGUUGUGUUUGAACCGGGUGCACGUCAUACCUUCGCCCAGGCUGUCGGCAAGAAUCUUGCUAAUCCAACAGCCAUGCUAUUGUGCGGCACAAAGUUGCUGCGCCACAUCAAUUUGCCUACGUACAGUGAGGUUAUACAAAACGCCAUUAACCAGGUGCUUAAGGACGGCAAGGUGCGCACCAAGGAUUUAGGUGGCCAAUCCACCACGCAGGACUUUACGCGUGCCGUCAUUGCCAAUCUGCACUAGGCAAAGAAUCGAAUUCAGCAGCUGAAAUGGACACAAGAAUAGCUGCCCAGGGUUUAUGCCUACUUAGACAAUUUACUGUUGUUAUUGCCUACCAAAAUUGAAUUGUUAAAUACGCUUCACAUAUUUAGUUUGCCUUUCAUCUUUCAGUAUGAUUUCCCCCCCGCCCCCCCCAUAUUUUAAUGCAAUCUUUGAGUAUUAUUUCUGGCGAAUAUUUAAGUUUAGUGCAAAUACCUCGCCCCCCACCACAAAAAAAAAAAAAUUUUAGUUUUACGAAUUGGCCGUAUUGAUUAUUAUUUUAUGAUUAUCAUUAUUUUUUUGUGCAAAAUUCAAAUUGCAUUCGAAUUUUGUCACCAAAUUUAAGUUAAUGACAAGGAAGUGCAAAAGAAAAACAAUAAGAAAAAUCAAUUACUGUAAACCAACUCAAAGUGUAGCGAGAACUGUAAUGGAAAAAAUAAAAAAUAACUCAAUCAUCAAA